AUGGAUGCUGACAGUAGUUACAAGAAUUUAGCUGACCUUUCCCUGGAACCUACGGAAUCCCACGAUGUUGCAAAUCCUGAAAGUGCUGGUUUGUUUGCAGGCAAUGAUAAACCUGAAAGAGUCUCUGAAGGCGUGGCAUUAGCACCAUCAGAGGCUGAUGCCCAUUUUUCCUACAAAGAAAAUAAAGAAUUGCUUGAAAGAGGUACUAAAGAAUUAGCAGUGGACCAUCAAGCUCCCUCAAAUUUUAAUCAACCAUCUGGCUUGGAAAAUGAUUCUCCUCAUUCAAAGAAAGAUAGAGCUUUGUCAUCCAGUGCUAAACUGACAGUACCAGACUUACCAACUGAUACUCAUCGUGGUGCACGUAGAUCUUCUACUUACAAGAUGGGUGUGUUUGCAGAUGAUUCUACUCAAAGGUUCUUAGAUGAACCAUCACCGGAACUAGUUGGUCUUUAUUCGAACGUGGCAGAAUGUAGAGCCAUGAGAGAAAAGUAUCAGACUACGUCCUUGCAACACGAUUGGGACAAUCCAAAGAAUAAACCGGAUUGGUUAAUUUAUCCACCACCCCCUAGACCCACUUAUAAUCCAGAAACCAAAACUGUGACUAAACUGGAGAAUAGACCUGAUUGUGAAGUUUUCGAUUUUGAAAAAUGUGUUAUUCCCGGAGAAGACACAGAUUACGAUUUUGGCGUUGGUGGCGAUGAUAUUUAUGUUGUCCAUAGCGCUCAAGAUUCGGCUAAAUUAGUUUCUAAGGUGCCCGAUCUACGUGAGUACUACAUGGAUUUGGAAAGAGUAAUUGCGCUUUCUUCUGAUGGUCCUGCCAAAUCUUUUGCCUUUAGAAGAUUGCAAUAUCUAGAGGCUCGCUGGAAUCUUUACUACCUUUUGAACGAGUUCCAAGAAACGAGUGUCUCCAAGAGAAAUCCUCACAGAGAUUUUUACAACGUUAGAAAAGUGGAUACUCACGUUCAUCACUCGGCAUGUAUGAAUCAAAAACACUUGUUACGUUUUAUUAAACAUAAGCUGAGACAUAAUGGGGAAGAAGAUGUCAUUUUCAGAGAUGGUAAAAUCUUAACGUUGGACCAAGUGUUCAAAUCGUUGAAUUUGAGCGGUUACGACUUGUCCAUUGAUACCCUGGAUAUGCAUGCCCAUAAGGAUACUUUCCACAGAUUUGACAAAUUUAACCUAAAAUACAACCCAAUCGGUGAAUCUCGUUUGAGAGAAAUUUUCCUAAAGACCGACAACUACGUCAAGGGAUCUUACUUGGCUCAAGUUACAAAGGAGGUAGUGUCAGAUUUGGAAAACUCGAAGUACCAGAAUUGCGAAUACAGAAUUUCCGUCUAUGGUAGAUCUAUUGACGAAUGGGAUAAAUUAGCAAGCUGGGUCAUUGACAACAAAUUGAUUUCCCAUAAUGUUCGUUGGUUAAUCCAAUGUCCACGUCUUUACAGUAUUUACAAGAGCACUGGUCAAGUAGAAAAUUUCUUUGAUUUGAUGAGAAAUAUCUAUCAACCACUUUUCGAAGUCACUAAGAAUCCUCAAUCUCAUCCUAAACUACACGUUUUCUUGCAAAGGGUCAUUGGGUUCGACUCUGUGGAUGAUGAAUCUAAAGUGGAUCGCAGAAUCUUUAGAAAAUACCCAAAGGCUUCCAACUGGGAUAAUCCAAAUAAUCCUCCAUAUUCUUAUUACUUGUAUUACAUGUAUGCAAGUAUGGCUUCUUUGAACCAAUGGAGAGCUAAGAGAGGUUUCAACACAUUGGUAUUGAGACCACACUGCGGUGAAGCUGGUGAUCCUGAACACUUAGUUUCCGCCUACUUAGUGGCUCAAAGUAUCUCUCACGGUAUUCUUUUGAGAAAAGUACCAUUUGUUCAGUAUUUGUACUAUCUGGAUCAAGUUGGUAUUGCGAUGUCUCCAUUAUCGAACAAUGCUCUUUUCUUAACUUAUGAUAAGAAUCCAUUCCCUCACUAUUUUAAGAGAGGUUUAAAUGUUUCCUUGUCAACAGAUGAUCCACUACAAUUCUCCUACACUAGGGAACCUUUGAUUGAGGAAUAUUCUGUUGCUGCACAAAUCUACAAAUUGUCUAACGUGGAUAUGUGUGAAUUGGCUCGCAACUCAGUACUACAAAGUGGUUGGGAAGCUCAAAUCAAAUCUCAUUGGAUCGGUAAGGAUUUCUAUAAGAAUGGUGUUGAAGGUAAUGAUGUGGGUAAGACUAAUGUGCCUAACAUUAGAAUAAAUUAUAGAUGGGACACUUUGUCAACGGAAUUGGAACUAAUGAACCAUUUUUCGAAUUUCAAAGAUGCUAUAGAAGAUUAA